AUGGUAAAAGCUAAGCUUGAAGAAUGCGGAGGAGGUGGAUGGACGCUGGUCAUGAAGAUCAAUGGAAACAAGGUAACAGCAGUAAGCAAAGAACAUUCUAUUCUAGGCUACAAGUUGCUUUAAAAAUUUAUAACUAUUUUUCAAAGCGGCAGACACCUACGCCGCUCACCCCUCAACAACAAAAACUAUAAUCACACGAUAUAAUAGGGAGAAUUAUCAACGCUUCGUUGUCGGCAGAUAACACUAGCCUUGAUAAUUCUCGUUAUCAUGCGCAACCAACUGCAAAAACCGAUCGAUCUUAAUUAUUGUUUAGACACACACUGAAUUCAUGAUCUAAUCAUCAGUCAAAAGGCACACAUGAAAUAAAACAUUUAACGUAAUGAAUCAAUUUGCUCACAACGUUUUGCAUUGAUUAUAGCCGUUUACCAUCAAAAAAGUUCCAGGUCAAUCUUAUACAUUAGAUUACAAACAAGAUUAAUAGCGAAAGCCCUCGUCUUUAAAAGUAACAAGAUCAACUUAAAUAUUGUCCCUCCAACUAUUGGCAUCUUGUCAAGGGGUGUCCUACGAAAACCAUUCUUGGUUUUUAACGAAUUUACCUGAAAAUGGAUUUUAGUUCGCAGAGGAGAGAUAUGCUUUUGUUCUGACCACCAACAUGGCUGCCGCGAUGGCACCUGCGAACCAGCAAUUUUCAGCAAAAUGACGUCACUUUGCAUGUAAUUAAUAUGUAUUUACAAACUUUCGUCUGCAAGAGUGACGCAGCGAAACUAUUACCAGCUAGCAUUAGCAAUCUUUUUGUAACCAGUCAGAAAACGCACUUAAUGUAGCUAGUCGUUCAGGUGAUAAAAAACCCCGCCUUGCUGGGUUGGAGAGCAAGGCAUGCACUCGGGGAAAACACAAACAAAGGAAAUUAGCAUUUAAAAUGAUGUGAACCUUUUAUCUGUCUUGUCCAAGUGUGUUCGAUCUCUUGCUCUCCAGCCAGCAUGUCGAUUUGGUUACACGAGAAUGACUAGCUGCAAAGGGAUUAUCGAGAUAGUGAGGGAACUGCAUAAUAAUCAAAAAUUAUUGAAUGAGGCUCAGUAUACCGUGAACGCCAUGUUUUCUUUUAGUUUACUCAGGCACUAAUAAACAACUAUGCUAUCGCGCCACCACCUGGAAGCGACGUUGAUCGAUGGGUUGUUUGGCAAUUAUUGAAAGAGGCUAAGUAUCGGAUGUGAAGAAUUAAUACAGUUAAACCUCCAAUAACGGCCACCUCUCCACAACUGCCACCUCACAACGGCCACUUUAUUUUGCCCCGGUGGAUAGUCUCAAUACCUCUUAUUUGAGCCUCUUUAUUUAAACUUCUCUACAACGGCAACGGCCAAUAAAGAAUGCAUGUCCCCAACUGCCAAAAUAACCUCUCUACAACGGCCAGUUUUUUUCAGCAACGGAUGAAACAGUCAAGAAUGUCGGUCACACAGCAAGUUACUUUAUGAUCAAUCACGGCAAUCCUAUUUUCAAUUGAUUGUAAUUGUGUUUCAUUUAUACUGCUGCGCAGUAAGCAAAAAUUCUCUACCAUACUUAUAGCGAAUGCUGCGAACCUUUCUCGUUUUGUCACGUUCACAUUUUGAUCCAAAACUUAAUUCAAGCUUUUUGUGUAUUUUAUGUCUAAACAUUUUAUACGAUUGGAUUACCAUGAUUAUGGAACACAUGUACAGUAAACAUGAACUUGUGCUCCUUAAAAAUAAACUGUCAUAUACCACCCCUACCUCCCGAUAACGGCCACCUCUCCACAACGGGCACUUUCUUCUGUUCCCACUGCAUGGAGGCCCUUUUAGAGAGGUUCAGCUGUAUGCAGAUCGUAGAGGUUGUUAUUGAGGCUGAAGGCCGUGGCGGAUAACAUCCUCGUGCACCUAUAUUUUUGUUUUAUUAUUUUAUCAAAAUAUUUCUAAGUUCUUAACAACGAGAGUUUCCUACAAGAUUUCGGCUUUAUUGACAAAUCGUGAGGUCAAUGUGGUAGACUUACAGUUUUGGUAGACUUCCAAAAAGGUCUUUUUUUAGUUGCUUUUCCAUGAACCGAGACCAAGUUGAGGUCCAUAAAAACGCAUAUAAGAACCAGCCCAGUACCAGCCAUCUUGACCGAACAUUUUGGUAAAUCAAGGAUUUAUUACAUGGCCAAAAGGAAAUUAAUCUCGUGAGAACGAAGCGGGAAAUCCCACCGGCCGGGGCACAAAACACAGGAUUCGCUUUAUAUUGACCGGUCGUAUUGCCAGUCACUGACAAAGCCUCAGUUCCACUGGCCGUAUUAAAACCGAGAUGGCGGCCGUUGACCGUCAUCACGUCACGAAAUGUUUUUAGAGGAAUCUUGCCAUGUAAUGUUAUUUAUUUUAGCUUGGGUAUUUAUUACAUUAAGUUCUAAUCGGCUUUGAUUUUCUUAGCCUAAAUAUUCUCAAAACUACUUUUAGAUGGGGAGGAGGCCUGAUGUAAUUGUCCCCCAGGGCUCAAGAGUAGUUAAAAAAUUGAAUAGUCUAACAAUUUUUUGCGACACAAUGUGACCGCCACGAUAUCAUGCGAAAACUGUCUGUUAAUUGACGAUGUAUUAUUAUCAUUUCUUUAUUCGUUUAGGACACCUUUCAUUACGAUUCCAAAUUGUGGACCAACAAGAACGAACUCAAUCCUCUGGGAGGAAAGACCCUGCUUGAUCAUCAAGAGACAAAAUUACCCACCUAUUGGAGCACACCAUUCUCUAAGAUUUGCCUCGCUAUGAAGAUCGACAGCCAAGUUAAAUCGAUCGUCAUCUACAAAACCGCCAGUUCAUUGUACGCCUUGAUCGCUGACGGAAGUCAAAAAAAUUUCACGCAGAACCUGGGUCGUCAAGCCUGGAAGGAUCUGAUUGGCCAAAACGCUUCGCUGCAGACACAUUGUAACAGGGAAGGUUUCAAUUUAAAGUCGCCACAUUACCACAGCGAAGCAAGAAUCGGUAUCGUAAGUAACCAGGAAGAUGACUGUGUAACCCCCGACUCCAGAAUUGGGUUUGGCAUUGGGGGAUAUCCGAAUGGUCACAACACCUGUGGAAACGUUGCAUCGGCAGGUUAUCAUCCAGACAAUGGCGGUAAAGAUAUUAAAGCCAUGGGCUACAUCUUGGUGCAAUGAGUAUCAAACAACCUGGUUCCAGUUCACUGCCGAUAAAAAUCAAAGGAUUUUAAAACGCUUAUAGAAACAGGAAGAAAUUGUAGAAAUUAAAGUUGAAUAAACGCAUUGCUCAAAACAACUACUUUUAUCUGUUAUCCCAGGUUUCUAUCAUUCAUGGGCGUAG